GUCUCGCGAGAGUGCUCCCGUUUUUCCCAUAUCCCCCCGCGGCGGGGAGAAGGCGGCCCUCUUUCCGCCAUCUUGCGAUCCCGCCACCAUGGUGCGCAUGAACGUCCUGGCGGAUGCUCUUAAAAGCAUCAACAACGCAGAGAAACGAGGAAAACGCCAGGUUCUCAUCAGGCCGUGCUCCAAAGUCAUCGUCAGGUUCUUAACUGUGAUGAUGAAGCAUGGUUACAUUGGCGAGUUUGAAAUCAUUGACGAUCACAGAGCUGGGAAAAUUGUUGUCAACCUCACAGGCAGAUUGAACAAGUGUGGAGUGAUCAGUCCCAGAUUUGAUGUUCAGCUGAAAGAUCUGGAAAAAUGGCAGAACAAUUUGCUGCCGUCACGCCAGUUUGGGUUUAUUGUGCUUACAACCUCAGCUGGCAUCAUGGACCAUGAGGAAGCAAGGCGAAAACACACAGGAGGCAAAAUCCUGGGGUUCUUUUUCUAAGGCUGUAAAAGAUGCAGUGCCAAUAAAACGCUCAAAUGGA